CCUUUCUCAUCAUGUCUGAGCCUAUCAGGAAUAAGAAGGCCGACUUCCCGGUCGCCCCGACCCCGCAAAACACCCCAGCCAACAAUGCUCCCAUCUCCUCGCACGCCCAACAGCCCGGUGUCUCCAGCAUCAAGGAAGAAACCCUAGACAAUGCGACAGCCGCAUCCCUUUUCGCCCGCAACCCCGCCCUGGUAUCGAUGAUCCAGGGCAAGCUGGGCCAGCUCGUUGGUCGCUCAUCCGGCUACAUCGAGUCUCUUCCCCCAGUCGUCCGCCGCCGCGUCGCUGGCUUGAAGGGUGUCCAGAAGGAGCACUCCAAGCUGGAGGCACAGUUCCAGGAAGAGGUCCUGGAACUCGAGAAGAAGUACUUCGCUAAGUUCACGCCGCUGUACGAGCGUCGGGCCACAAUUAUUAACGGAGGCGUGGAGCCCACCGAGGCCGAGGUUGAGGCUGGCAAGGAAGACGAAGAGGAGGACGAGGAGAACAAUGACGCAGAGGAGAAGAAGGAGGCCGAGGGUGAGGCUAUGGCCGGUAUUCCCGAGUUCUGGCUGUCGGCUAUGAAGAACCAGAUUUCCCUUGCGGAAAUGAUCACUGAGCGGGAUGAGGAGGCCCUCAAACAACUCACCGACAUUCGCAUGGAGUACCUCGACCAACCCGGAUUCCGUUUGAUCUUCGAGUUCGCAGAGAAUGAGUUCUUCACCAACAAGACCAUCUCUAAGACUUACUACUACAAGGAUGAGAGUGGAUAUGGUGGUGACUUCAUCUACGACCACGCCGAGGGCUCCAAGAUUGACUGGAAGGCGGAGAAGGAUCUCACCUUGCGUCUCGAGAGCAAGAAGCAGCGAAACAAGAACACCAAGCAGACCCGCGUCGUCAAGAUCAGCGUGCCUACCGAGUCCUUCUUCAACUUCUUCUCCCCCCCGCAACCCCCGACCGACGACGAUGAGUCCGUUGCCAGUGAUAUCGAAGAGCGCCUGGAGCUGGAUUAUCAACUGGGUGAGGAUAUCAAGGAGAAGUUGAUUCCCCGUGCAAUCGACUGGUUCACCGGUGAGGCGCUUCAGUUCGAGGAGCUUGGUGACGACAUGGACCCCGAUGAGUUCGACGAUGAGGAUGACGAGGAUGAUGAGGAUGAGGAAGAUGAGGAUGAUGAGGACGAGCGGGGAUCGGACCGUGAUGUGGAGGACGACUCAGACGAAGAGGAUGGUACUUCUAAGCCCAAGAAGGAGGCCGCCGAGUGCAAGCAAAACUAG